UGGGAAUAUAUUAUACAUAAAAAGUGCAGAUACAAUUAGCUCCUGUCAAUUAGCGGUAUAUUCAAUUCUGCUGACAGUGAACUUUUGACCAAUUAACCUUUGCUCAGCUGCUGAGUUCCAUAUAUGCAGUUGUUUUGUGCCGAUAAACAAUUCAUAAAGGUUUACGACAAAUUCAAACAAUCAUUAUACAUCUGAUGACAUUCUAACACACUUCAGUAUAAUGAGCUUUAAAAUCUACUUUGCUGGGAGUAUCCGAGGUGGUCGCCAGGAUGCUGCGUUAUAUGAACGUAUAAUUAAACAACUACAACAAUAUGGCCAUGUCUUCACAGAGCAUGUUGGAAAUCCAGACCUUGAGAAAGGAGAAGUAGAUACAACAGACAAACAGAUUCAUGACAGAGAUAUGAACUGGAUGCAAGAAUCUGAUGUCCUUGUGGCAGAAUGCACACAACCAUCUCUAGGUGUUGGCUAUGAGAUAGGGCAGGCUUUUGCACUCAACAAGAAAAUUCUUUGUCUGUUUCGUCCAGAUUCUGGGAAAUCGCUAUCAGCAAUGAUUCGAGGAGCAGAAAAUGGCACCUCAUUUGUUGUUAAAGACUACAAGGAAGGAGACAUCCCAGACUUGCUAAAGAACUUUUUCUCAAACCUUUAAGGAAACAAUAGCUGACCUGGCAUAAUUUAGAUUAAAUGAUAUGCCACAUCUCUAA